AUGACGUCCCGGAAGACACAGCAAGAGAUCGACAAGACCUUCAAGAAGGUCGCCGAAGGAAUCCAGACCUUUGAGGGCAUCUACGAGAAAGUCCGCUCCGCUACGAAUCCUACCCAGCGCGACAAGCUCGAGGAGAACCUCAAGCGCGAGAUCAAGAAGCUACAGAGGUUCCGUGAUCAGAUCAAAUCAUGGGCAGCAGGCAAUGAGGUCAAAGACAAGGCUCCGCUGCUAGAGCAGCGGAAGGCCAUUGAAACGUGCAUGGAGCAAUUCAAAGCCGUCGAAAAGGAGAUGAAGACAAAAGCAUACUCCAAAGAGGGUCUAUCCGCCGCAUCACGACUCGACCCCAAAGAAAAGGAGAAGGUGGAGGCAUGCGACUUCCUAUCGACGAUGGUCGAUGAACUCCAGCUGAGGAUCGAGGCCAUGGAGGCCGAGGAAGAGUUAUUGCAGGCACAAAUGAAGAAGGGCAAGAAGGACACGGGCAAGGCGAACCGGAUGGCCGACAUCUCACGAAUAACAGAGCGCCAUAAGUGGCACAUCAACAAGCUCGAGUUUCUCAAUCGAUCGCUACUAAACGGCAAUUUGGAGGUGAACCAGGUGAUGGAUCUCAAGGAGAGCAUAAAGUACUAUGUCGACGAAGGGCAUAACCCUGAUUACUCCGGAGAAGAUGACACGCUUUAUGACGACUUGGAUAUCGGCGAGGAUGUCGAGGCCCAGUUCGGUUUGGGAGCAGAUAACGACCGCGUGUCGUCUCAAGAUGCUCAAUCCAUUCAGGAUGAGGAGCCAGAACCGAAACCAAAGCCCCCCAAGGCGGAUCCCACUAUGAAUCGUCGACCAUCUACACAGAUGAAAUCGCCGCUCCCUGUUCUCGCUACUCUCCACCCGUCUGCCUCGUCCAAUGCUACCCCGGGCAUGAAGCCCGCGCCGCUCCCGACUCGCCUCCCAGGCGAAACCCUGAAGUAUGCCUCCGCCGCGGCGGCUGCAGCUGCCAGCGACAAGAGCGGAGUAGGCAUUCUGCCUCUACCCCCUCCACCAGGUGCCAGUCCCGCCUUUUCAAAUGUUCUCCCCGUCUCCAAGGCGUCGUCUACCGCCUCGCCAAGUGUGUCUUCCGUGCAGCCUGUUGCCAGGGCGGCGACAACAGCGGCAGCUGCAUCGUCAUCCGAAGAGGCUGUUGCAUCGGCGGUGCGAUCGAAGGCUGCGGCUAGCGCAACAGUUUCCGGUACAUCAUCCCCAGCGCCUGUCAGCAAGGCGGAGCUUGCGAAAGAGCAACCCAUGACGAAUGGCAAAACAACAGCAAAUGAAGGAGGCGAGGACGAUGACUCAAUAUACCACUUGCCCCCGGGCCUGCAAGACCUGAUCCAGUCCUUCGAGGUCACCAAAGAGCGUGCGACGGCGAACCCUACGCCAGCAGUGCAACGCCUUCUGUCUACCUCGCUCACAACAUGUCCCGAACCCGGGGAUGCGGAGAAGCCCCGGCAUUACAAGCCCCAGAACCCCUACAACACCCCUCUCUAUUACCCGCAGGAGCCUCUCUCCAUCUUUGACGACCCGCGACUGUACGAUACCGGUCGGAUUGACACGGAUACGCUGUUCUACCUCUUCUACUACCGGCAAGGGUCUUAUCAGCAGUACCUGGCGGCCAAGGCGCUGAAGAACCAAAGCUGGCGCUUCCACAAGCAGUACCAAACAUGGUUCCAGCGACACGAGGAGCCGAAGAACAUCACAGAAGAGUUUGAGCAAGGCACAUAUCGGUUCUUCGACUACGAGAGUACAUGGAUGAACCGGCGCAAGGCUGAUUUCAAGUUUGUGUACAAAUAUCUCGAGGACGAGUUAUAA